GGGGUGGGAGGGGGUCUAUUUUGACGAGAUCUCGGCGAGAUGAAGGUAGGGUGCUGUAAAGAGGAUUUUACUUUCUAUAAAAUUUUUCCAAAUGGAGACUACGAAAAGAGCUAAAAAAGCUCAGCAUUAUGAUAUCGCUGCUCGCAUGCAAUAUCACAGCAUUAGGAUUACAUGCAUUUGCGUUGCUGUGUGAUCCAAGCGCGAGAUCUGCGGCUGAGACGGUCAACAGACUUUGGGUGUAUCCAGGACCGACAGAUGACAUAUUGGAGAAACUCGAGAAGCAUGUGGACGCCUACUAUCUGGACAAGGAGCUGGAACCUAGGUAUGAGACAUGGCUGGCAGGAGCUGACAGAGAACAUUUUAUCAAACAAUAGAAUUUAAAACCUCUAGUAUAAUUGGUCCCGACAAGGGGCGUUGUUUGGUAUGCGUUCGGUGCUUUCUAAUUUUUCAUUUAAUUUGUUCUAAAAUAAUAUUCAAUUUUCAUCUUGAAAUCUGAGAGUUCUAUGAAUGUUCGGUGAGCGUGAAGAGAUAAACACUGUAUAUAUAAUUGUGUCUUGUAAAGGCGCUAUGCACUGAUGAGAUGGG